AUGCCGCAGCAGUAUGCCGAAAUGUGUAAUGUCCCCUAUCAGGAACUCAUCGGAUCGGGUAUGUACGCUGCUGUUGCUGCUCGACCAGACAUUUGUUUUGCGGUAUCAUACCUUUUGCAAUUUAUGCAGAAUCCAGAACGUAUUGAAGGAUUCUCGGAUGCAGAUCAUGGAGGUCAGGAACACCGAUGCUCAAUCUCGGGAUACAUUUUUCUGUUCGAUGGUGGUGCCGUUUCUUGGUCUUCUAAGAAACAGACCAUUGUUGCUCAGUCAAGCACCAAAGCUGAGUAUAUUGCACUUGCUCAUGCGAAAAAAGAAGUGCUAUGGAUUCGCAUGCUUCUGAGUAAUUUACUCUCCCCCUUGACUGUGCCGACCAUUAACCUGAUUGAGCUGCGAUAUUGCCCCAUAGAGGAAAUGGCAGCUGAUGGGUUUACCAAACCCUUGGCUUGUCAAAAGGUUGAGAAGAUGGCAGAGCUAAUUGGACUUCAGGAGAUUUGA